AGAAUGCUAACAGCUGAACAAUUCUGUACAGCCUCCUGUAACUUUUGGUAGAUAAACAGAAGCUAUGAAGCUAGAUAACCCGCCUAACUAACUAGUUUAAUAUGCAAAUGUGUAUAGAAACCACGUUAACAUUAUUUCCUAUUGUAAUUUAAUGAAUAUCAUUUGUAUUGCAAAUUUUAAUGUCGAUGAGCUUGAAAUGAUUGGAAAUUAGCCGACUAAUUUGUUAGUAAGCUAACAGUUGUUACAGACCAAGUAUGAUGAGGUUGUAUCUAACUGAUCUCCUGUUAGUAAUUAAUUAAAUCCUCCGGGACUGAAAGUCGACAGUGAAACUCUGAGCAAGUCCUAAGUUCAGCGCCAAAGGCACAAGUACCCUUCAGCAGACAUGUCUUACGGGAAAGCAGAGACCUACCGCCCAGUCCCACGGGAUUUCAACACCCUAAUACAGACAUGCAGCUCCAACAUCCAGAAAAUCACACAGAACACUGCUCAGAUCAAGAACAUGGUGAACCAACUGGGGACCAGACAGGACACCAGUGAAUUCCAGGAUCGUCUGCAGCAGAUUCAACACCAUACCAACCAGAUGGCAAAAGAAACCAACAAGCAUCUGAAAGAGUUGGGAUCAAUCCCUUUGCCUUCAUCGCCAUCAGAGCAAAGGCAGCAAAAAAUCCAGAGGGACCGGCUGAUGAAUGAUUUCUCAGCAGCUCUCAACAACUUCCAAGCAGUCCAACGGCUUGCAGCGGAGAAAGAAAAGGAGUCAGUAGCCAGAGUGAGAGCUGGAUCCCGACUAUCAACUGAAGACAGUUCUUGGGAUGAAAAGCUUGUUUCAUUUGAUAAUCAAGAGGAAUGGGGUCAAAUAACCGCCCAGUCAGAUGAAGUGGCCAUCACAGAGGAGGACCUGGAGCUCAUCAAGGAAAGAGAAACUAACAUCAGACAGCUGGAGUCUGACAUCAUGGAUGUAAACCAGAUCUUCAAGGACCUGGCAGUGAUGAUCCAUGAUCAGGGAGAGAUGAUUGAUAGCAUUGAGGCAAAUGUGGAGAAUGCUGAAGUUCAUGUAGAACGAGGAACAGAUCAGCUCCAGAGGGCUGCCUACUACCAACAAAAAUCCCGCAAGAAGAUGUGUAUUCUUGCUAUGGUUUGUUCCAUUGUGCUUGUCAUACUUGGCAUCAUUAUCUGGCAAGCUGCUAAGUGAGUUGACUAUGCACAACUGAAGUGUUACUACUAUAUUUUACUCUGCCCACUCCCACCUGCAAGUACCUGCUUGGAAUGAGAAUGAUGAGAGAAGAACAAGAAGUGACUGAUAACUUGACCGAGGUCAGCAGAGUAGAUCAAUGUAGAGGGAUGGUCAGUUUGGGAAACAUCUGAACUGAACUAGCCUGUUUUGUAAAAUACCUGUAAAACACCCUAUUUACACUGAGACGAGAAGAGAGUGGAGGAUGGAAGUGGUGUAGCGGAACAAUUUAAGAUAUGAGUCCCUAUUUUGCAUCAUUCAUUGAUUUCUUCUGUUAUGUACUGCACUAACACUAAAUGUCACUGUAUUUCAAAUAUAACAAUGUCGAUGCUAAUGUUUUCAGACCAGGCAAACUGAAAAAAGACACACUGCACAAGUAAGUUAAUCUGUGGUUUUUAAGGGCUGUAAAUUAUUUUUUUGUUUGCUGGUGGCACCUUCUGAUGUAAUGUGUGUGGAGGGCCACUGGUGUUGCUGAUUGGCUCCUGGCCUGAUUGGCUUCACGGUAACAUUACAUGAGGCUUACAUGACUCCUGGUGAUGAUGGCAGCCGUGGUUGUAAUAUACAUGUUGUAAAAUGAAAGCUCUAUCAGAUUACCAAUAUGAAUCCAAUCCAUGUCUGUAAAUAUUGCAAAGUACUGCAUUGUAUUCUGCUGAGAACAUUAUGGAAGAAAAAUAUCGACAGUAUGUUAAAAAUGCAACUCCAGUCUUUGGACAAAACAGUUUUAAUUUGAUUUGUAUGACUCCUUAACAGUAUGAAUAAUAAAUGUGCUAAACCGU